UUCUUCAAAUUGGUGUUAAUGACGACAUGCCUUAUCUUAUCUAUGUUCAUUGACAAUACAAAUAUUUGAACUACAAUAUGUUGUUGGUACUAGGUUGCGUCGUGCUCGUAGCAGCAUCUUGGUUUCCCACAGGGACUGCUCUAACAUGUUUUCACUGCGACCAGAUCCCGUUUCCUCGAGAUUGUAAAACGGUUGUCAAAUGUGGAGAUCACGAGGAAUGUUAUGCUGAAAGAAUUAUAACAGACGAUGGCAAUGCAUACUUCAAUACUGGAUGUAGAGACAAACAGCGAUGUCUUGCCAGUCCCCCAGGGAAACGCGCUGUAGCUAGACGUCAAAAUUCUUUCGAGACGAUAGUAUGUGACACUUGUUGCAGCGAUGAUCACUGCAAUUAUGGUGGUUGUGGCGCAGAUCCUCUACCAGCUAAAGACCAAAGAGGACCAAUAUGUUAUGAUUGUGCCUUGAUGAAGAAACCAGACCAAUGCAAUCAAGUUAAUCUUUGCAGCCGUGAUGAGCUUUGCGAAGUACUUAAGACCCCACAUCCUCUGUUUGAUGUUACGUAUACAGCAAAAUGUGGCGCAAAGGCACUCUGUGACAGACUAAGUAGUUUAUCGCACACGUUUGGACGAAGUCUCGAUCAUGUUGAUGCAGUAAGUGAAAUGAAUAAAAGAGGAUUUUCAUUGUGUUUCCGUUGCUGCAAAGGAGAUCUUUGUAAUCUUGGUUGUACAGUUCCAAAUGUGACAACAAUUGCAACUACCGCAACCACAACAGCAAAAUCGGUAUCUACAUCAAUAACAACUUCUUCAACAACGUCAACUGUCGCUUCGACAACUUCUGGAACAACAAUAUUAUCUACCACUCCAACACCGAUGUCCACAAGUGUAUUGAGUUCUAGUUCUUCUCAAAUGUCCACCACUGGACUGUCAACUAUGGCAUCUACAAAUCCAACAACAACUACGACUGUUACAACACCAGUUACAACACCUGUGUCAACAACUAUGUUAUCAACAACUCCUAAUACAACGUCAGCAAACAAUGCCACUAAUCAUGGUUGUCUUCCUGAGUAUAUAUAUUAUGGAGCAUCUUGUUAUUACUUUUCAAAAACAUCACUUUAUUGGGAGCCUGCUAAAAAGUUCUGUAUAGAUCAUGGUAGUGAUCUUGUUAUAAUAAACGACGCAACAGAGAACAAUCUCAUAGUACAGCAUCUUAAACAAUUAGUUGCUCAGCAUCUCUUACCAAGUGACUUGUGGGGUUUCUACAUUGGUGCACAUCUAGUUAACGGAACAUGGAAGUGGGUAGACAACUCUACAGUAAAGUAUGCCGACUGGGCUACAGGGGAACCAGAUCAUCCGACAUCACAGAUAUACGGAUCCAUGUAUAUACCAUCAUCAACGUUUUAUAACUAUCAGUGGGCUAGCCAUAAAGACAUGUAUACCACACAAUAUUUUAUUUGUGAAUUUAGACCAAUACCAUGAAUAUAUUUAUACCAUUAAACCAUUCAAAACAUA